GAUAUAAAAAAUGUUUUCAAAUAGACUUGAUAUCUUAUUUAUUCGUAAGUAUCUUAUAGCGGUUAAUCGCUUGAACGUGAUGGCAUGUUUCGUUGGUGCUUGGCGUGUCUGGAAAGACCACUUUGUUAACAAGUGUUACUCUUGUAAUAAGAAGCGUCUGGAAACGGCAGCUUCUCCCUAUUUUAGGAGAAUAUGGAUGAACCACAAUAAGGUAUCGAGGAGAACUUUUCUAUCCAAGGCAUUGGUUUAUACUUCAGUGGGAGGGUUACUAACUACCUCUUUGACAAAGUUUCCUUUAUAUUGUGAUGCCGAAGUAUUCUUUGAUAUAGAUCGUUAUGGAGACAAGGAGUUGACAAUUAGUACAAUCAAUCGGUUGAAACAAACUUUGAGAAAUACUUUGAGUAAAAACCUCGACUUACUACCACAAUAUAUACAGUUAGCUUUGCACGACGCCUUGAGUUAUUCAAAACAGACCAAAAAAGGAGGUCUAAAUGGAAGUUUGCGAUUUGAGAUGCAACGUCCAGGCAACGCCUUUUUGUCCUCUUGUUAUCAAAGUAUAGAAGAGGCUCACCAGAGUUAUUCCGAUGUUGGUUAUGGCGACUAUAUUGCAUUUGCUGGAUCUGUUGCUUUGGAUAUUGUUGGAGCUCCAAGAGUAAAACUCCAAGUUGGUAGAGAAGAUGUUUCUGGUCCGGAUGAUGAAAGCCAACUUUCCAGAUCCACACAAGAUGUUUCAUAUACUUAUGCGUUGGAAAAAGACUUCCAACAGGCUGGCUUAGAAGCAACAAGAAAUUGCGUUUUGUUCUUAGGAGCUUUGGGUUUUUUAUCCGAAGUUUGUGAACAAUUCUCCAAUUCUAAACAAAAAGGAGAGGAGGAAAGUUCUGAUACUUGGGAUAUCUUUGAUCAGCCAGAAUUCACAUAUGGUGACAUUACACAGAAAGGAAAGAGAACUGUUGCUGUGGGAACACAGGUACGGAAGCUGAAACUUCCUGGGAUCAAGUUUAGCAAUCAGUUUCUGAAGAAGCUUGUCAACCAAAAGAAUAACAAGCAAACCAAUUCGCAGUCUUUCACGCAAGACAAAUAUUUGGUUUUGUUGGAAGAGCCUCGCUUCCUAAAAUAUGUUGAAUAUUAUGCUAAGAAUAAUCAAAAAUUCAGAGGAGACUUUGUAGAUGCAUAUCACGAUAUUAGUCUUCUUGGUUCCAGAUAUGAGACUCUGAAGCAAUAAACAAAGAGUACGUUUUGAUUUGAGGAGUC